UUUGUCAAGAUUUGAGUUCCAACAAGAAUCUGUAUAAUAACAUCUUCCAGAUGAAAUCUUGAAAACAAAAAGAAAAAAAUGGAUCCAGACGAAGAACUUGGAAGAAAAUGUUGUAGCUGCUUCUUGAAGUUCAUUUUCACAGCUGGUCUCUCUUGUCUCUUCUUAUGGCUCUGUCUCCGUUCCGGCAGACCCAAAUGCUCAAUCCAAAACUUUUACGUUCCCGCCCUCAACAAAACCCUGAGGUCACAGGACAAUACCACUCUCAACUUCAUGGUUCGUUGUGACAAUCCAAACAAAGUCCAAGGAAUCUACUACGACGAUGUCCACCUUAACUUCUACACUACAAACACGACCAAGACCAAUUCCUCUGCUCUGGUCUUUGUUGGUAACUACACAGUGCCUAAGUUCUACCAAGGACACAAGAAGAAGGCCAAGAAGUGGGGUCAAGUGUUGCCUUUGAACAAUCAGACGGUUCUACGAGCGGUUUGGCCUAAUGGGUCGGCGGUUUUCAGGUUGGAACUGAAGACUCGAGUGAGCUUCAGGAUUUUGCUUUGGAAAACGACGAGCUUUGGGUUUAACCGUGGUGCUGAUGUCGAAGUGAACGGUGAUGGAGUUAUAGCUCAAAAGAAAGGGAUUAAAAUGAAGAAAUCUAUUUUGACAAAGCAGAAUCUGACUGAUGGGAUUGAUAUUGGUGCUGAUGAUAUUGCUGAUGCUGUCCAAGAUGAUCACAAGAAAGGGACUAAAUUGAAGAAAUCUGAUUCUUCUUUUCCAUUAUUAACAACCUCUUUUCCUAUUUGUGGUUUGAUGAAUUUGCUAGUCUUAGUUGCCAUUCGUUAA